CCGGGCUAGAUCGUGUUUGUGGGUUCAAUUUCCAGGCUUCUCCCACAUAAUUUGACAUAAUUUGUGCGAGCUUGCGGGCAGGUCCGUCAGUCGAAUCACGUCAGAAUUACAACAAAUGAAGGAUUUGAGCCGCAAUUACUAGAGCUGGACACAGUGGCCAACAGGUUUUUGUUUUUUGUUUCUCAGUGCAUUCUAGUUGUUAGGCAAAGGCUGUUUGAUGGAGGUCAUUUUACAGGAAGAGGACGCAGGUAAGUGGGUUUACCGGGGCGAAGGAGCUGCUAAUCUUGUUCUUGCAUACACCGGAUCGUUUCCUACGUUUAUUGGGAAAGUGAUGCGCAUUCGUAAGGCUCCGAGGAGUGGCGCUGAGGUCAUGACUAUGAGGAGCCCCUCUGCCUUGACUGCGCAUGAACGUCUGCUUUGGAAAGACGUUCACGAACUCAUUUCAUCGCCGGACAAUGAGAUUGCUAACCAACACUUUGUCCACCACGUUAUGAAGCCAUUGCUUGGUUCCAAAUUUGUUGAUGCCGGGAUGCUUGUGGGGGUGACGAGGGAAUUUCUUGAAUCGAUUGAAAAGAAAGUUAUCUAUCAACGUCCUGCUUGGAGAGUUGAUAAUGCACUGGUCGACAUGCAUCGUGAUUCUGUGCUUCUCUUGUCUGAUCAUUCACUCUUCACUCACGGUAAUCUAGGAUCGAGCCCCUGCAUAUCUGUUGAGAUAAAGCCCAAAUGGGGAUUUCUUCCUCUUUCAAGAUACAUAUCUGAAGAAACUGCUGUCAAAAGGACCAUAACUCGCUUUCAAAUGCACCAAGUUCUAAAAUUGCAGCAAGGAGAGAUAUCUUUGCUAAGUGAAUACAAUCCACUUGAUCUAUUCUCUGGAUCAAAGGAAAUAACUUUUAAAGCUAUCAAGGAUCUCUUCACUUCACCUCAAAAUAAUUUCCGUGUAUUUAUGAACGGCUCUCUCAUAUUUGGUGGUCUGGGAGGCGGUGCCGAAAAUACUAACAUUUGUAUUGCUAAAGCAUUUGAAGAUGCACUUGAGUCUGUCAUUCAAUCUGACGAUGGUCUGCGUACAGAGAACUUGCUUACUCUUGUUACUGAGGCUGUGCAAACAUCAGGAGUUGUUGAUCGGCUUCUAGAGGUUCAGAAGCUUGAUAAUGUUGACAUAGAAGGAGCCAUCCAUGCAUAUUAUGAUGUUAGUCAUCAACAGUGCAUGGUAUGUAGUCAAUUGAAUGCAGAACAACAGAAAAGGUAUACCUCUUUACAUUCGGCUUCGUUGGAUGAAAGCUUGAGAAUUGUAAAGGACUUUCUAGUAGCAGCAACUGCAAAAGACUGCAGCUUUAUGAUAUGUUUUAGACCAAGGAAAGAGGGGGAUACUGGAUCUGUAUGUGAUAACGUGUAUCUUCAGUCAACUAACCAAACCUUUGAAUUCAAGGUGUAUUUCAUUGACUUGGAUCUGAAGCGAAUGAGUAAAAUGGAAGAAUAUUAUGAAUUAGAUAAGAAGAUAGUGAGCUGCUACAAAGAAAUGUCGAAAAUGGACCAUGGAAGAGAUUUAUGAACUUGCAAACAUAACAAAUUGCGUACCUAGAUUUAGCAGUCUCUGUUAUAUAGGUAAUACUUGGGAAGAUUGCAUUGUACUCAGAAAGUCUAUGUUAUAGACAGUGGUUUCAGCUCAGUUCUGGUUUUUCGUUUGGUCAGCCUAGUUUGGUCGUGGCCUGACUGAUGAUCUCUGUGUCUACAUUGAGCUCACGAGCCAUUUCAAGAAGUCUAGCGUCAGUAGAACUGCUCCGUUCAAGGUGCAGGCAAAAGCAACUUGUAAAAGCAUGAUUGCGUCCUCAACUUGUACGUAAUCAUGGUGACUGUGACUGAAGAACCCGAUGCAAUGAAGAUCAUCAUGAUCCGAAAAUUAACAGGAGUUGAGUACAAACGUUCUCAGAUAAAAGAUGAUGGAUGAGAUAAAAGUUGAAUUCAUGUCAGAGAUCCGAUGUAAUAUAGUAGUUACUGUUUCAUUAUGUAAUUAACUCAGUCUAAUCGGUGUUGUACCAUUAUCAAUCUUUCUGCCAAGCAAAAUAUUGCUUAUGUUCGUGCACUGUGAUUUUUUUAUUCUAACAUGAUGUCAUGAAAAUUUAUUUGGAAAAUGACAGAAAUACAAACCAACGUUUCCCUGCAA